AACAGCUCGACCUGUCAUGGAACCCGUUUGACAGUACGUUGUGUUUGUGUACGAAAAAUUACGCGAUUUCGUCCAAGUUUUACCAUCGGAAUGUGGGUAAAAACAUAACGUGAGUGCGCGUAAGUGUCCGACCCGUCGUCUGCCGCCGAUUUUCAUUGAAAACAUCUGCCGGCAGUCCUUGAAAACCUGAAACAAUCGACCACAACCCGACCAGAGAGUUUCACCUGCGCUCACCCAAAUAUAAAGGUCAUGUUCUAAUUCCAAGCUACGUUUCAAGCCACGAGUUGUGUGCUCAUUUGAUCAAGAUUCAUCGUCAAAAAGCAUGCAUAACACCAAUGGGAAAAUCAUUAGGGCUGUUACGACGGCAACCAUAAAUAACAACGCUCCAGGAAACGGGGAAUUGAAUGGCAACAAUAUUAUAUUUUUGCGUGGAACGAAAACCGAGAACAGCCAUUUAUUGUUGCGAACGGAUGCGCUUGCCACGUCUAGCACCAAAGCAAAUUUGGUGUUGGAAGAUAGCGAUGGAAAGCUUAGCCAAAUUUUUAUUCAACAGAGCGAUUUAACGGAUGGGGUUAUUUUGCAAUCGGUUAAAAGAUUAGGUGCCGGAACACCUAUCUUAUUACUAAGCGGGAAUGAUAACGGAAACGGACAUAUUUUAAUUCAAACUACAGCUGUCGAUGACCAACCAACCACCACCGUUGAAUUUGCCGAAGAAACACCUGGAGAUAACAUCUUGGUACAAGCUUUGGAAGGAUUACAAGAUGAACCGACAUCUAAAUGUGUAUCAACACCAUUAGGAUCAGAUGGCGAGCCCAUCAAGCUCCCAGAGAACUUGGAAAGCCUUCCAAGGGCGGAUCACUUCCCAACGCAGAGGCACAGGUGGAACACAAACGAGGAAAUAGCAGCAAUCUUAAUAAGUUUCGAUCGACAUUCAGAAUGGCAAAGCAAAGAAGUGAAAAUCAGACCGAAGAGCGGCUCAAUGCUUUUGUACAGCAGGAAAAAGGUGCGGUAUCGUCGGGACGGAUACUGUUGGAAAAAGAGAAAGGAUGGAAAGACCACCAGAGAGGACCAUAUGAAGCUCAAGGUCCAAGGAACAGAAUGUAUUUAUGGAUGUUACGUUCAUUCUGCAAUUUUACCGACCUUUCACAGAAGAUGCUACUGGCUGCUUCAGAAUCCUGACAUCGUUCUGGUUCACUAUUUAAACGUACCUUAUCCUGACGAUAACAAAUUAGCAGUUAUCACACCGAGCUUAGCACUUUGGGCAGAUAAAAAAGAAUGGACUAAGGACGAGCUUGUAUCUCAAUUAAAACCGAUGUUUUUUAGCGAAGAUGAACCAGAUCUUAACAACGAGCUUGAAAUAUCAACUGCAGAAACUGUAGAAGCAAUUGUAACUCAGUUAAUGGAAAAACAAAGAAUUGCGAGACAAGCAGCGUUAGUAAAACAACUCGAAUGUGGAUGUCCUGAUUCAACUUGUGCAGAUGGUAAAACUUGUUCGCAUCCGAUGCGUCGCAUCACAGCAGCCAAAUCGGAGCUCGCCGGCUCCCCGCUUCCAUCUUCCAGUUCCAACAACCGUCCUCCAUCCAUCCUUAAUCAAUCUGAGAACAACAACCAAGUUUCAUCAACCACCGGUACAGGAUCGACAAUGUUAAUGACCGCGAAUCAAACCCACAACAGUCACGCUCCUCGUGUUUACACCAGAGAUACCAGAGGUUCGAGUCAAGUCAAUCAGAUUAAUCAUCAAAUCAGGGACGGUUCUUCUUCGUCUUCUUCCAAUACACCACCAUUGGUUCUUAGUUUGAGUCAGAUUCAAGGCGGGGGUGGUUUGUUAAUUUUGAACAAUUCGUCAGCUUCCGGAAAUAGUAGUGGUAGACAAAGUUUGGUCGCUCCAGUUUCCGUUGCGAAUUUUGUUUGCAACACAAAUUCUAGAGCAAUUUCUAAAUUGGAAUCAUCGAAAAAUGCUCCUUUGAUAUUAAAGCAAGAGGUGAUGGAAACCAGUCAAAGUUCCUGUAGAUUACAAACGAAUCCCAAUAGCAAGGUAAAGAAUUUCAACACGCAAGCCAAUCCAUACCAUCACCAAAUUAAGCAGUUUCUUUACAAUCAACAUCAGGUAUUAAAUCAAAGAGAAACGAAAAUGGAAGUAACAACGGACAACAUGAGACAAUCAGUGUUCGAUUACGGUCGAACAAAUCAGACGAACGAAAUGGUAAUGACCAGCGCUCCAUCGACUCCCUCGAAACACAUGGAUACCACUUCGCAGGAUGAUGUAUCUGAAGACUACAAACAGCAACAACAGAAUUAUUGCAACGAUAAUGUAGUGUUAUUAGGUCCGGAAUCGUCUGCAUCGAAAACCGAAAGCUCUUCCUCUACAAUCAUCAAUAACGGCUUUUUCAACGAAACUCUGGAUCUUUCACAAGAAGAUAUCCAAAGAACUUUACAAGCCAAUAUGCCGCUAUGUUCCGGUGAUUUAGAAAAUCAUCAAUCGAAUAAUCAUCAAAACAGAAAUGAAUCGAAUACUUCAAAGCACACCCAACACCAAGACUCCGCUUUGGAUGGCGAAAUCAAUCCCAUGGAUUUCAUCAAUAAUUGUGAUGUGGUAGUGUCUCCAACUCACGUAGUGGAUGAUGAUGUGUUUGUUAAUUUGGAUGCUUUUGAUAUGUUGGGGGAUUUUCCCGAACUCGAAGUUUUAGACUCUGGACAUGGUGGUUUAUUAGAUGUUAAUACGCCGGUGGGUGCGCAUCGAAACGAGAAGGAUCAAGCUGAAAUCACACCCAACGUCCAAGUUGAAGGUGGCGCAAAGAUUACCGAUUAUUCUCCAGAAUGGGCAUAUCCGGAGGGUGGUGUCAAAGUUCUUGUAACAGGACCUUGGCAUUCCGCUGGACCUUACACUGUUCUUUUCGAUACAUUCCCUGUACCUACUACUUUGGUUCAAAGCGGUGUUUUAAGAUGUUAUUGUCCCGCUCACGAAGCUGGAUUAGCAACGCUACAAGUAGCCUGUGACGGAUACGUUAUAUCAAAUUCUGUGAUAUUCGAAUACAAAUUACCACCGAGGGAGGAGCAACUCUUAGCACCAGAACCCAAAGUGGAAAGAUCCAACGAUAACUUGCUAAAAUUCACGUUAUUGCAACGAUUAGAAGCUAUGGAUGAUCGACUCCAAAUCAAACAAGAACCACAAGACGGAGACGUGGUUGAAGAUACAGCUUUGUUCACCCAACACAACUUUGAAGAUCGCUUGGUUUCUUAUUGCCAAAAUAUGACAUCAAGGCCAUGGAGGCAUGGUGAAGAACUUAGUGUUGCUUGGUUUGCAAGUCAUCGUGGAAUGACUUUGUUGCAUUUAGCAGCAUCUUUAGGAUACUCCAGACUUGUGUGCGCCAUGCUUCAUUGGAGGGCUGAAAAUUCAUCUUUGCUUCUCGAAACGGAAGUCGAUGCAUUAAGUCAAGACGUGGACGGUUAUACUCCGUUAAUGUGGGCUUGUGCUAGAGGACACACCGAAACAGCUGUUAUGUUAUACAAAUGGAACCACACCGCUUUGAAUAUUAAAAACACUUCAAACCAAAGCGCCUUGGAAUGCGCGAAAUCUAAUAACCACCCGGAUCUAGUUAAAGCACUCGUAAAACUUGAAGAAAGAAGAGAUAAAGCUAACAUGUUGUUACAGUCAAACAGCGUUGCUUCUCCUACGAUGAUUUCACCAGCAAGUUCGAUAACGUCUUUAAACUCGGUUGCUUCAAAUAGUAAAUCGCACGAUGGAGUGUUUUUAAGACCGGGUGCUGUAACCAGAAGUGAAUCCCAAAAAUAUAAAAUAUUAAACUUGGAUAUGGAUUCUUUAACAACAGAUUCAAAUAUAAUCGGCUCGAAUAAAUUGCUAAGUUCAUCCCCAACUCCUUUAUUCUCAGAAGAUUCUUCAAAUCAACGUAACCAAAGUAGAUUGAUGAAACGCCCAUCAGUUGACAGCGGAAUCCAUAUGGCUUAUGGUCAAUCAUCUGAAACAUCGCAACGUAUCAAGAGUAAUAAAAGUUCUAAGGAAGGAAGUAAACUAUCCAGUUUAUUUACGAAUAGGUUCGAUAGGAGCAUGUCUCUUCCAGGGAGUUCUCCUAUUCCUAACGAUAGUUUAGAUGCUGAUGUGGAUUCAUCAUCAAGCAGAAGAAUGGAUAUUGCGUUAUGCGAAGUAGCUGGUAACGUCCACAGAAGCAGUAGCCCCCUGAUUGAUGUGGAAGCUGUUUCGGACGACGACUCUGACGCGCACAACAGCGUUGUAGGGGAACAAGACGCUCGAGUUUUAACACUUGCAGAACAGAUUAUAGCAGCAAUGCCAGAUAGAAUCAAAAAUGAAAGUGAAGAAAUGUUACUGGAUAAUAGUCCUGGACCUCCUGAAGGAAGUGAUACUUUAUCAGACGUUUUUAUGGAACCAUUACUUGAUCAAUCUGCUUCUUCCAGUUUUGAAUCGACAGAGUUUAAUUUUGAAUUCUCGGAUCAUAAUUACAGACAUUGCGACGUUGCUACUCCAGCUUCCAGUUUAAGUCCUGCAUCAUCAAGCUGUCUCCAAUCACCUUGCUCCUUUACUUUAGAUUCACCAUCUCCGCCACCAACAACAGCAGAUUUCUGCGAGUUCUUCCAAGCAUCUGGAACAGUUUUUGAAAAAGACUUUUCUAAUUUAACAUUAUCAGAUCGUGAGCAAAGAGAACUAUAUGAAGCAGCAAAAAUAAUCCAAAAAGCGUAUAGAUCAUAUAAAGGGCGUCUUCAGCAAGAACAGGAUAAAGAAAGAGCAGCAGCGGUUAUAAUUCAAAAUUAUUAUAGAAGAUACAAACAAUACGCUUAUUUUAAACAAGUAACUCACGCUGCAAUGGUUAUUCAAAACGGAUACAGGUCAUAUUGUGAACAUAAGAGAUUCAAGAAGAGCCAAGAAGCGGCAGUUUGCAUCCAGAACUAUUACCGUAACUACAGAGAGCAGGGAGGGAGGACAAGUAGAGAAAGCACUCCUGCUGGAGGGCUCAAAAGAACUUAUUCCCAACGAAGACAACAUCAAGCUGCCAGAAAAAUUCAACAGUUUAUGAGGCAAUCAAAAAAUAAUACAUGGGAAGAAAGUAUAGGAACAACAGUGAUUGCAGAGAGAACGAGCAGAAAAAGAGAAGCAGGCGGUCCAGUCAGCGGAUGUCCACCAAAAGUCAGUGUCUCAAGGGGGCAAUUCCACCUCUUCAGGCCUAAAUAAUGUUACGUUUGACACUGAUCUAAACAAUUAGGAAAAAAUUGUAGAUAAUUUCUUCAAAGUAUCCGAAUAAUUAAGAACCAACAUCAUGAUAACGAUUUUUUCAAUACUUAAACAGAACGUUGCAUUUAUAAUCCGUAAACACUUCUUAAUUUUUACGUUAAAUGUACUUAGCAAAAGAAAUAGGAAACAGUUUAUUCUUCACUUUUUAGAUUAAUUACUCUCCUAUCCGAAUAAAAAAAAAUAGUAACCACAAUUAUAUACUUACAAGACAAAAAUGUAUUUACAAGUUUUAAAUACUUAAAAAAGUAAGGAGAAAUAAAAGAAUAUUAAUACAUAAUAAAAAAAGAAAUCAACACAUGAUAGCAUAAUUAAAAAAAGCGCUAUAAACGUUAGUUCCGUCACUCUCUUGAUUAUUAAUUAAUUAUAUAAACGUAAACGUGUUUUUAAACGGUGUCUACUUUGGCUGUUAAUUGGUAAUUUUUAUGCAUUUUUCACGAAUGCACGGAUCGACAACAAAAGUGAGAUGUUUAGACGUUGUAUGACCUAACUAUUUCUGAUUACAAUGGAUUUAAAAAAAGAAAAAACUGUGAUUGUAGUUUGACGAUUCGCUAAGAUCAUU